GUAGAGGAAGAUGGGCACGGAUGUUAGCUCAGGGCCAAUCUUCCUCGGCAAAAAGAGGGGGAUUGGCAGUACUUACCUCAGGGCUAAUCUUCCUCAAAGAAAAAAAAAGAAUACCAUCUUAUUUCCUCUGUUGACAUGUUAUUUCUCUUACUGAUUGAAAUAGGGCUAACAAUAUGCAUCUUUAACUUAUGAAAUCUCUUUAGAGUCAAUUUUGUAGCACUUCAUACUUCACAACUACGCUUAACACUUCUCAUUUCUCACUUCAUAUCUGACACUUCACAAGUGUAGUAACUUUACAGUGGUAUAAUUUCAUUUAUCUGCCCUCCUUUCCUUUGUGCUAUCAUUGUCAUAUUUUUUAUUUCUAGUACAUUAUAAACUCCACUUUACAGCCAUUAUUUAUAAUUUUACAGUCAGCUGUUUUAUAAGGAAAUUACAAGAAGAAAAAUAGUAGUAUUUUAUAUAUACCUACUUAUUUACAAUUUCUGGUGGAUCUCAUUCCUUUUGUAGAUCUGAGUUUCCACUUAAUAUCGUUACCCUUCAGCCUAGAGAAUAUCUUUUAGCAUUUCCUGUUGUGCAGGUCUCCCAGGGAGAUUCUCUCCAUUUUCAUUUAUCUGAAAAUAUCUUUAUUUCACUCUCUCUCUCUCUUUUUUAUUUGCUGAGGAAGAUUUGCCCUGAGCUAACAUCCAUUGCCAAUCUUCGUCUUUUUUUCUUUUUUAUGUGAGCUGCUGCCACAGCAUGGCCGCUAAUGAGUGGUGUAGGUCUGCCCCUGGGAGCCGAUUCCAGGCCACCGAAUCGGAGUGCGCAAAACUUAACCGUUAAGCCAUGGGGGCUGGCCCUUCACCCUCAUUUUUGAGAGAUAUUUUUUCCUGGAUAUAGACUUUGGUCUUGAAAGUUUUUCUUUCAGUACUUUUUUUUUCUUUUUAUUACUUUUCAGCAUUGUCUUCUGGCAUCCAUUAUUUCUGAUGAGAAAUCACUUGUCAUUUUUAAUGUUCCCCUGUAUAUAAUAUCUUUUUUUUUUCUCUGCUUUAAAAAUUUUCUCUUUUACUUUAGGUUUUCAUCAGUUUGGUUAUAGUCUGCCGUGAUAUAUUUUGUGUUUCUUCUGCUUGGGGUUUGCUGAGCUCUUUGGAUCAUUAAGUCAAUAUUUUCAUCAAAUUUGGAAUUUUUGGUCUUUACUUUGGCCACAUUCUCACUAUCUUCUCCUCUGGGCCUGCAAUUAUGUGAAUAUAGACUGUUUGAUGUUGUCCCGCAGAUCCUGUGGCUCUGUUCAUUUUUCUUCAAUCAUUUUUUCUCUUUGUUCUUCAGACUGAAUAAUUUCUAUUGAUUUUUCUUCAAGUUCACUGAUUCUUUUUUUUCCCCAUCUCCAUUCUGCUGUCAAGUUCAUUGAAUGAAUUUCCCACUUCAUUCAUUGUACCUCUGUCUCUGGUCUGUUCUCAGCCCCGUAGGAGCCACUCUCUGUAAGGUUCUGGCUGUCUCCCCUGCUGUGCAUGGAUCCUCAGGAAAGAACUCACAGGACGCCCCACGUAGACUCGGGGCUCUCACACCGCCUGCACUGCUUCUCAUCCCAGUCAUAUCAGCUGCUCCAGACUCUGAUCUUUGCCUCCUCAGCUCAGUGGGACCACCGUGCUCUGCUUAGAUUCUAGCCCACUGUCCUGUGGUCAGGAAACCAUCCCCAGGUAGAGAGUCAUGGCGACCAUGAGGUGCAUUUCAUGAGUUUUGCUUCUUUCAGGAUUACAGUCUUGUGCUGCUUGUUGUUUCCAUCCUGAAAACGACAGUGUCCCGUAUUUUUCAGUCUAAUGGUUGUUUCUGGAGGGAGGGCUCGUCUGACGCUCGGUACUCUGCCAGAGCUGGGAGCUGCCCCAGAGCCCCGUGGCCUGCUCCAGAUGGGCUGGCAUCCAGGCUCGCUGCUCGGCUCUUGCUUUGGGAUCUCUACCACCAUCCUGGGGAUUCCCUUUGUGUCUCUUUUGAGUUAAAUUCUUUGUUUUCUGAAUCCCACAUUUUCUUAUUUUUGGUUGAUUUCUUUAGGCAGAGGAACCUUCAGUAGCUUCCUGAGAAAGGGUAACAGGAAGGUAAAUUUUUUGAGGCCAGUGUGUCUGAAAAUGUCUUUAUUAAACCAUUGCACUUGGUUGAUAGUUGAUUGGGUGGAGAAUUCUACUUUGGAAAUAAUUUUCUCUCAUAAUUUUAGGUGUUUCAUUGAAUAUGUAAUGUCAUAUGAAACUUUUAUGUGGAACUUUGAAACGUGUUGUUUCUUUUUUUUUCUCUCUGCAAGUUUUUAUCAUCUUUUCUUCUCCAUGGUUCUGGAUUCCCACAGUCAUGUUUUGUGUGAGUCUGUCUUCCUCCAUUGUGUGUGCUUAGUGGGCCUGUUGGAUAGUUCUGGGGAAUUUUUGUGAAGCAUUUCUUUGAUUUCUCCCCUUGAUUUUACUAUUCUUUUUUUCCUGAAACUCUUACUAUCCUGAUAAUGGACCUCCUAGGCUGAUUCUGCAAUUUUCUUUUUUUUUUUCUCCAUCUCUUUGUACUUUUUUCUUACUUUGGAGGGAUUUCUUUAACUUUAUCUUCCAACCCUAUGUUGCAUUUUUCAUUUAUGUUAUAUUUUAAUUUUCAAGGGCUCCUUUCUUCUUUCUGAAUGUUCCAUUUUUUCUUUUUUUGAAAUAGUGUUCAAUUAUUGUUUCAUGGAUCUUUGCCUAUCUCUGAAAAGACCAAUGAUUGUUUUUGAGGGGUUUGUCUCUGCGUAGUUUCUGUUUCCUGCAAGUUGCUUUAUUCUGUUUGGCCUCUGAGUUUUGUGUUGUGUACUCUCCUCUGGGGUAUGCGGUGCGUUCCUGGUCAUCUGGAUCCCAGGUUUGUGUAGUGCCAACGUUCCUGCCUUUCGCUUCUCCCCAUGCAUGGCCUAGCAGACACCAUGAGCUCCGGAGAAUGGGGCCUGGUUUCCUUGGAGCCCCUCGCAGCUGGGGAGGAAAUAGGAAGUCUCAGGACUGGAAGAGUUUAUUUGGCAUGUUGUGGCCCAGAGCUCAUUAACUCAAACUUCUCUCAGUGGGGCCUAGGGAAAAAAGGUGGUCACCUCCACAGUGCCAGGGCCAGAAGCUGUGCCCCCAGGAACUGAGGCCUCCAGGUCCAUGCCCACCGUGGACAGACUAGAGGGCCUGCCAUACCUUGAGAAUUAGAUAAAGAGGCACCCAGAGUGCUUGCGCUGGCGAAGGAGGAGGGAUGACCUGCAGCUCGGUGGAGGCCAAAGGCUCACGUUUAUCUUCAGAGAGCCCCGAGAACCUAUGGUUUGUGGAGCAGAGAAAGCCAGCCUGAGCCCCUGAGAGCCCUGACACCUGCUCGCUCCAGUGCCCACCCACGGUCCAUCUCUCUCAGUCCCAGAGCUGGUGAUCUCUGCCCAGAGCGGGCAGCCUCCUGGCCUGGGCACAGUGAAAGUCCAGGUUUGCCCCGGGCCCAGCCCCUCCCGCACCCUAUCUGGUGUCUUUCCUGCCAGGCUGCUGUUUCCACAGAAAGCUACACACAGGCACAUCUCCUCCAUGGCCAUUGUCCAGGAGGGCUUGGCAGCAGUCACUAAUGGGUGUUUGUUAAGUGAAGACAUGUGCGGGACAAGACCCCAAGCUCCUUGCCUAUGGCUUGGCUAAGCUGGGUCAGCUGAUGGUAAAGGCCCCAUGAGAGGACUCUGCCCACCGCCUCCCUGAGUCCCUCACUGCCAUAGCUCAGGCCCCGUCACCGCCAGGUUGUGAGCAUCUUCCCAGGUGUUGCUGAGGCAGAAGUAGAGACCCCUAAUGCUGGAGGAGCAUCAGGUGUGACUGAGUACAAUGGUGCAUUUACAGGCACGGAGAGGGGAAGGCACUGGACGUGCACACAGCCAGCCUCAUGGUAUACCUGGGGCCAGCUUGCCAGACUGAGAGGCUGGAGCUCUUCUGGCUCAGCAUCCCCAGCAGUGAGCCCAGUGUUUGGGGGAGAGAGGGCACACAGAGGCCCCAGGGUCGAGUGCACUUCCUGCUGCAGUGCAGACUGCAGAUCUGGGACACGGCAGGCCAGGAGCGAUUCCGUACCAUCACCCAGAGCUACUACCGCAGUGCCAAUGGGGCUAUCCUUGCUUAUGACAUCACCAAGAGGAGCUCCUUCCUGUCAGUGCCUCACUGGAUCGAGGAUGUGAGGAAGUACGCGGGUUCCAACAUCGUGCAACUGCUGAUCGCCAAACCAGGUCGUCUCUACUCCCCGGGGGCACCGAGUCCUUCUGCAGUCUUGAAUUCUCUCUCUUGGCUUCAAGUCCAGCUGCGCGCGCUUGGCCCGCGCAUCUCCGGCUCCAGCCCAGACCUGGGCAUCCUGUACCUCCGGAACCCCCCUGAGCGUCCCACAGAGCCCUCACACUCACCACGGCCUAGACCGGACCCUGUCUCCUCCCACCCCCGGAAGCUCCCCCUACCAAGUGUUCUCCACCUUAGACAGGGCUAGCACCCUCCACCUGGUCACACCCUGGAAGCUGGCCCUCUCUCCCUCACUCCCGCAUCCUAUCACCCGCCAGGUUGGCCAACCGCUUCCUGCAUAUCUCUGGACUUCAUCCCCUCUUCUGUGGCCCCAUUCUCUGCUUGCUCUCUGUUCCCCGCCUCUGACCCUCCUUCCACCUCUCUCAAGCAACCCUCACCCCCACAUUCUUCUCUGACAUCCUCCUCCACUUGAAGAAUGGGAACCCGGCUGUCCCCAGGACCCUGUCCUUCCUGCUGCUUCUGGCUGGUUUCUCUCCUGACUCCAAACCACAACUUUUGACACGCACGUUGUCUGCCAGGCCGCCCGUUCCCACCUGCUGCUCCUCCUCUUGGUCACUCCCCAUCCUUCAUGGGUGACCUCCACUUUGGAUGCAGGACUUGCUGUUCAGCAUGAGUGCCGCCCUCCCUCUCCGGGACCCUUGGGUAUCCUGGCCUCACAGUCUGUUGGCUUCUUUCCCCCUCACCCCCA